GCCGCGCUAGAAGUGGGAGGACCGGGAGGCGGGAACUGGUCGCGCCCGGGGCUCUCCUGUCACCUGUCGAAGGGAGGCGCCACCCAGGAACAUUCAGGAACCUGGCUCAGGGCUGCCAGGAGGCUCACCGGAGUCCCGAGGAGAAGCGCUCCGGGCCAUGAAGGGCGCCAAAGGCAUAGAGAACCCGGCGUUUGUCCCCUCCAGCCCGGACACCCCGCGCCGCGCGUCCGCAUCGCCCUCCCUGGUCGAGGUCUCAGGCUUGUCUACCGACUCCCAGGGAGAGGGUUCGGAGUCGCCGGAGCCCCAGAAAUCGCCGGAGCCGCCCCUGCCUGCAUCGACUCCCCCGGAUGCCCACGAGCCGCCGGGGCCGCAGGCGUCCGAGUACGAGGAGGGUCCUUGCGGCUGGAGGAACUUCCACCCGCGCUGCUUGCAGCGCUGCAACACGCCCCGGGGCUUUCUGCUGCACUACUGCCUCCUGGCCCUCACCCAAGGUAUUGUAGUGAAUGGCCUGGUUAAUAUUAGCAUUUCCACAAUUGAGAAGCGUUAUGAAAUGAAGAGUUCCCUGACUGGCUUGAUAUCUUCCAGUUAUGAUAUCGCAUUCUGCUUGUUGUCACUAUUUGUGUCAUUCUUCGGUGAAAGGGGACACAAGCCCCGGUGGCUUGCGUUUGCUUCAUUCAUGAUAGGACUGGGAGCACUUGUAUUUUCCUUGCCACAGUUUUUCAGUGGAAAAUAUAAAUUGGGGUCCAUUUUUGAAGAUACUUGCUUAACAACAAGGAAUAGUACCAGUUGUACAUCUUCACACUCGUCACUUUCUAACUACUUGUAUGUCUUCAUCUUGGGACAACUGUUGCUGGGGACUGGAGGAACUCCGCUCUACACUUUGGGAACUGCCUUCAUUGAUGACUCUGUGCCUACACACAAAUCUUCUCUCUAUAUAGGAAUCGGCUAUUCUAUGUCAAUCUUAGGUCCUGCAAUUGGCUAUGUGUUGGGCGGACAACUGUUAACCAUGUACAUUGACAUUGCUAUGGGAGAAAGUUCUGGUGUCACAGAAGAUGACCCAAGAUGGCUGGGGGCUUGGUGGAUUGGAUUUCUUAUAGCUUGGCUCUUCGCUUGGUCAUUGAUAAUACCUUUCUCUUGCUUUCCAAAGCAUUUACCAGGUACAGCGAAGAUUCAAGCUGGAAAGACUUCCCAGGCUCAUCAAAAUAAAAGUACUGUCCUACAUCAUACAGAUGAGAAUUUUGGGAAAAGUAUUAAAGAUUUUCCAGCUGCUCUGAAGAAUCUGAUGAGGAAUACUGUCUUUAUGUGUUUAGUUCUAUCCACCUCUUCUGAAGCCUUAGUUACUACUGGAUUUGCUACAUUUUUACCUAAAUUUAUAGAAAAUCAAUUUGGAUUGACAUCCAGCUUUGCAGCUACCCUUGGAGGGGCUGUUCUAAUUCCUGGCGCUGCCCUUGGUCAGAUUUUAGGUGGUGUCCUUGUUUCAAAAUUCAAGAUGGCAUGUAAAAAUACCAUGAAGUUUGCAUUGCUUACAUCUGCAGUGGCCCUCGCCUUGAGUUUUGUAUUUAUUUAUGCCAUGUGUGAAAAUGGACCAUUUGCUGGUGUGUCUGAGUCAUACAAUGGGACAGGAAAACUGGGGAACUUGACAGCCCCUUGUAAUGCCAAUUGUAACUGUUUGAGAUCCUAUUAUUAUCCCCUCUGUGGAGGAGAUGGAGUCCAAUAUUUUUCUCCCUGCUUUGCAGGUUGUUUAAACUCUGUUUUGAAUGGGAAACCCAAGACAUACUACAAUUGUUCCUGUAUUGGAAGGAAGUUAGAUAUUGCAUCUACUGCAGAAAGUUUUAGCUUUGAAGCUAAAGCUGGAAAAUGUGCAACCAAGUGUACACAUUUGCCCAUAUUUCUUGGCAUUUUCUUCACUACAGUGAUUUUUACCUUCAUGGCUGGUACUCCUAUAACCGUGUCUAUAUUAAGGUGUGUUAAUCAAAGGCAAAGGUCUCUAGCACUUGGAAUACAAUUCAUGUUGCUUCGAUUAUUGGGCACAAUACCUGGACCAAUUAUAUUUGGUGUGACAAUAGACAGCACAUGUAUUCUCUGGGAUGUAAAUGAAUGUGGCACUAGAGGAGCUUGUUGGAUUUAUGAUAACAUCAGGAUGGCCCAUAUGCUGGUAGCCAUAAGUGUUACUUGUAAAAUUAUCACCAUUUUCUUCAAUGGACUGGCAAUCUUUUUGUAUAAACCACCACCCUCAGGCACAGAUGUAUCUUUUCAAAGUCAGAAUGCAGUUGUGACCACUGUUUCAGUAGACCAGGACCUGAACAAAGCAGAAAAUGAAGAGGACAAGCUAGAGGACAAGCCUCAGAAGUGACAUCUGUCUCACAGAGUGCCAUGACAGCAUUGUAUAAACCCAAUAUGGACGAUGAUGUUUUAAAAAUGAAUGGUUUGUUAUCCAAUAUGUUUGUUGUACAUGUAUCUUCUUUUGUCUUAAUGCAAGAAACAAACCUGUGUUAUCGAUGCCAACUGGAAGCCUAAACACACACACACACACAUAAACACACACAGGCUCACCUGUUUCCCUGUCUAUGCAUGCAAGUCCCAACUAUUUACAAGAAAAGUAGCCAAUGAUGAGUUAAUAGUUUACAUUAAAGAAACACAGAGACGAAGCUGGAUGUGGUGACACCCAUAACCCCAGUGAGUUCAAGGUAAGCCUGUUUCAAAACAAAACAAAAACUUAAAGACACACUGAUGUUUUAUAUUUUUUUAAUACAACUUGUUGCAUUUUAAAUAUUGUUGAUGAAACAUUUGCUCUUACAUGGAAAAUUUAUGAUAUAAAAAUAUUAAAACAAAUUUGUGCAAUGAUUUCUGGGCCUUACUGGAAGCUUGUGAAUUUAAAGGCAGCUUUAUCAUAUAAUUUGUUUUAAAAUUAUAUCUACUGGUCUGGAUUUUAUUUAUUACUAUAAGUUAUUGAACUAGGAGAAUGGACACUAGCAGUUUUCUCUGUGGCUCCCUAGAUUGUUUAUUUUACAUUGAAUACACAUAUUUUCACUUCAAGGACCCAGGAAGCAAUUUGUUGAUAUUGCUGAAUUUUAACACUUAACUUUUUGUGAUUCCAUGAUAGUAUUAUUCAGUAACAUCCAUUCCAGAUGAAAGAACCAACUUCAAUAAUGAAAAGUGCCAAUUAGACAUGGCAAUGUUCCUUGAUUCAUCUUGGCCAGUGUUGGUAUGCUGAAUUCUUUAUUUUUUUUUAUUUUAAAAACUGAUUAUCCAGUACAUUACUUAGAGCACUUAAAAACAAUACUUUGAAUAUAGCAGACAACUAUUAUUAUUUGAUUGAGGCAUUAAAACCUACUCUGAUGAAUUUAUUCAUCAUAGAUCUGAUAACAUUAUAGAUAAACCCCUAAUGUGCUUAGGUCAGAUUUAUGGCUGACUUAUUCAUGAUAUAGAAGAAAUAGAACAUUGAACAUCAGUAAAAAUAACUUUUAAUGUUAAAAUUUUUUGCUGAAUUUAUCUAGCAUGUGUGAGGUCCUAAAUUCAGUCCUCAGCACAGCAAAGAAAAGGAAAGGAAAGGAAAAUAAAGGAAGCAGGGAAGAAAAGAAAGGAAGGUAGGAAGAAAGAAAAGUAGAUUGUUAACAUUUUGUUUUUUCUGGGAUGGGGAAUUUUUCUUUUAAUACUAUGGACCGAGCUUGGGACCUUAAAUUUGGUACUCUACCACUUGAGCUCAAAGUGUCUGGUUUUCCCUACUUCCUUCUCCUAGUUUAAUACUUUCCAUGAAGAGAUUUACACACACUGUAAUCAGGACAACAGAAGUGAGGUAAUGACGUGGCUGGAAGUCAGGAGCUGAAGCACUAGAAGCUAAGAGAAUUUAAGAUGUCAUCAGGAGUAACCUGCAGUCAAUGACUUUCAAGAACCUAGUAGGUUCUAUAAACUGAGAUUCAAGAAGGAAGAAUGAGGUAAGAGUUGGUCUAGCAAGUACCCUUGAAUAUUAAAUGAGAAGAGCAGUGGGUCAGAAAUCAAGUGUGUGUGUGUGUGUGUGUGUGUGUGUGUGUGUGUGUGUGUGUGUGUGUGAUACUGGAGAUUGAACUCAGGGCCUCACACUUGAUAGGCAAGCACUUGAACUACACCUAUAGUUUAAUCCAGGGACAUUUACACAGCAAAAAAGCCAGAAUAAAGCCAAAUUUUCAGGUAUAUGGGAAGCAUGAAAUUUUAGCAACCAAAGGGAUAAUGAAAGGUAUGCAGGGGAAUAAACACAUGAUACCUCAAUGGAGAAUCUCUUCCUCCCACUCAGCCAGGCACAUUUUCAGUGCCACUAGUUGGGACCAAAGUUAAUGGAGCAUUAGACUUUUUGUCACAAAAGUAGAAGUUGAGGACUGAGGGAAGACUAUCAGAGCUGUAAACAAACAGCAAAUCCUGAAAAACUCAUUGACAGAGAUGAGAAAUGAGAACAAGAAAAACAAUUAUCUACAAAAAAAUAGAAAGAAGGGAAAAAGAGUUAUUUCCAGCCUAGAAAGAGUUUAAUAAACAACUGACUAAAUAAUAGGCAUUCAUAAAGAUUCUUAGUUACCAAGGGCUAUAUUGUAUUCAGUAUGCUUGGUUUUAUAAAAUGAUAUAGAUAUUUUAUGAACUUUCUAGUGAAGAUAGUUAAAGGGAAACAACAAUUUUGACACUUAAAAUGAAUUAGGCUGUCUUAUUUAUAGUAUAAAGACUUGUAAAGAAUACUUCUUUUAUGGAUAUAGGAUAGGGUGAUACAGAAAGUACUAUAAUUUAUAAUCAUUGUUUUUACUUUGAUCAUAUGGGUUGGUAUGUUGCCUUUAGCAUAAAUUGUGGUUUUCACAAUUUAUGUUAUAAAAUAAGCUUGAACUUACAAGCUAACAUAUUGUAAUUUUGUGCAUAUUUGAAUAUAUACCUUAAAGCUUUAAACAUUUUGAUUUUUGAAUUGCUGGAUACAAAUGUAAAAACUCUUACACAUAACAAAAGCUAUAUACAUUGGACUUUACUAUGUAAAUUGGGGCAAAUUUUAGAUAUAUUUUGUUUCAAGUAUUUUUGUUGUAAACAAUUAUGCAAAAAAUAUAUAAAUACUUUAAAAAUUAAA